AUGAAUAAUUUAUUUCGCUACACUGCAAAACGUUUGGCUUCCGGUACUGCCUCAAGUGGUGGUGGUCGUAUGCGUGGUAUUAACCCACAAUUUAAUAUUCCCAAGAGACCGAUGAAAAAGAUUUUUAUUGGUAAAGCAAGACCAGCUAUAUAUCAUCAGUUUGAAGUUUUGGUCGAAUUAAGUGAUGGUAGUGUUAUUAAACGUAAAUCACAAUAUCCAAAGGCAGAAAUUAGAUUAAUUCAAGACCAAAGAAAUAAUCCGUUAUGGAACCAAAGUAGAGAUGACUUAGUAUUAGUUGAUGCUAACUCUGGUGGUAAGUUAGAUAAAUUCAAACAAAAAUACUCUAAUAUGUUUACGGUAGCAGACACAGAAAAUGAAACAAACGUUCAAAAUAAUACUAGUAACAAACAGCAAACAUCCAAUCCUACUGUUAUUGCUAAGAACGCUGAAAAAGCCAGUACUAAUAGUACGGAUGAAUUUGACAUGUUUGGGGAGGAAGAUUAUUUAUCCUUACUAGAUGACAGCACAGCAGGUGUCAAGAAUGGUUCUGUGGCUUCAAAUAAAACAUCAGCAAAAAAAAAGAAAUAG